GAAACCCUUGACAUUUCUGCUGCAAAGAAAGAACUAGCCGCGCAAAGGACCAGCCACACAAAGGGUUCUCUCGGUACCUGCUCCAUCUCCGGCGACGUGGACCAUUUUAGGCGCCGACUGCGCCAUUUCCGGCGGCGUCAAGCCUAGAGGACAGCGGCUGCGUUUGUAUUCUCCAUUUUCAGCGCACCAAGUUCACCAUUGAAUUGGCUGGUGCAGAAUCUGCCAAUAUACCAAAGUGUUACUCUAUGGAAAUGUCCAAAGAUUUUAUUCCAAUGUCUGUAUUCUCCGAGUCUUCUCAAGAGUAAAAGAAUCGCUUCAGAUUGGCGUAAGAGUGAACCACUCUCCUCUUUCUCUCCAUCACCUGAUAAUAUGGAAAACCCGGAUGCAAAUCAGCUUCCUGAAGUGGAUUCAUUGCCUGAUGGAUUUGUUGAGAGCUUCCCAGAACCUCUGGCUCCUCAAACUCCUAACUUAGAACAGGAGAAACCUUUACCCAGUUACAAGGAGGGAAAUACCACAGAUUGCUCGAAUGAAUCCGCAGCAAAUGAGUUUCAGCAUAGUCAGAGUAGGACAGAGAAGACACAAAAGCUGAGAACUUUUCCUGUUGUAUUAUCUGAAUCAGAUAGUUUUGAUACUUCAAUUGAGGCACCAAGUAAGAACUCUAUGGAGCAUACAGAAGGUUCACUUGUUGCGCCAAAUUCAGAGGCUUCAGUUGGGGUAUUGGAAUGCUGUGAGGAAAAGAAACAACUUACAGAAAAAUGUCAAAGUUUAGAGAGACCCAUUGAAGGCCACUCAAGUGCACCAACUACCAAUACUUUGAAAAACAGAAAACCCGAAAUUCGUGAGACCAAGCGUAAGAGUGUGAAGCGCACCUCUAAAUCAGAACAAGAGUUUUUAGAGUUCACUUUGAAAUAUCAACAAGUUCUUGCUGAAAGGGAUUCAGCCAUUGCUGUUCGAGAUAAACUUGAGUCACUUUGUAGAGAAUUACAGCGUCAAAACAAAAUUCUUAUGGAUGAAUGCAAAAGGGUGUCAACGGAGGGGCAAAAUUUGAGGCUAGACUUAUCAGCCAGGUUCCAAGAUGCAAUAAAGGAUGUGAGCAAUAAGCUAGAUGAGCAAAAGGAUGAAUACCUCUCUCAGUUGAAGGAGAAUGAGAUGUUAAGAACGAAGCUGAAACAACUAGCUGAUCAGUAUACUCUUUCAGAACAACAUCAUGAACAAAGGUUAAAGCAAAAAAGCUUGGAACUUCAGAUUUCUGAUUUGAAGAUUAAACAACAUGAAGAGAAACUAGGGCAGGAACAGUCCCGGAUAAAGGUAUAUGCUGAACAAGUGUCACAAUUGCUAGCAACGGAAAAGAACUUGCGUUUACAAUUGACAGCUGAUGGAGAAAAGUUCCAACAAUUCCAGGAAGCAUUGUUAAAAAGCAACGAGGUUUUUGAAACUUUUAAACAGGAGAUUCAGAAGAUGGCAAAAUCGAUAAAGGAACUGAAGAAGGAAAAUUCAAUGUUGAAGAGCAAGACUGAGAAAUCAGACAUUACUCUUAUUGAGCUUGUUGAUGAGCGUGAGCGGUUGAAGAAACAGUUAGAAAAAACAAAAAAUCAGAAAGAGAAGCUUGAAUCAUUGUGCCGGUCUCUUCAGGCAGAAAGAAAACAAAAUUCUGUUGGGAGCUUCAAUUCUGAUUAUGUUCAGGUUGAAAGAAAAGAGGAUUUCACAGGGAGCAACAGCUCUGAAUCUGUUGCAGUAUGAAUAGUGACAGAGUCAAGUAUGCUUGUUUUUUUUUCUCUUUUGUGCGAAGAAGCAGGAACAUUGAUUUGUAUAUACUCCCAAGUGUUUUUAAAGUCUUUCUCGUGUCAUUUGAGAAACGAGUACUUUAGGUAUAUUUAUUUUCUUGAAUCACCAUCUAUUUAUGUAAGUUUGCAACUGGAUUAAUUGUUGUACGCAAAGUUGUCCGGGGUGGCGGAAUUUGGGACAUCUUUUUUGAACGAGGUAAGGAUGCAAUAUAAUAUGAUCUUGGGCAGGCGUACGGGUCUUCAAAUUAAACGAAAACGGUGACUUGAGCCCUGGAGUAAAGCUCUACUAGUAUGAAUGGUUUUAUUCUAAUUAUUACUAUUUGAAUGUUUACAAUUAAGUUAAUAUGCAUUGCUAGAGAAUGAGAAUUA